AUGUCAUUCGCUUUUAACAUGUAUUUAUAUUUGGGCGAAGGAUUUACAAUUCUAGUGACUAACUCAAUUUUAUUGUGGUGUAUUCUUUCGGAUUCGAAAAAUCGGCAGAGACGAGAAUUCAUUCUGGUCGCUGCUCAGUCAAUUGCUGAUUUAUUUUAUGCUAUUGCUUUUAUGUUGAUUGCUCAUCUUAGGCUUGGAAUUUAUCAUGAAAAUCGGUGUGAGUAGAUUAUGAAAAAAAUUAUUUUCGGUACAGUAAUCUUGGCAGUUUGAAGUAACCGCUGCAGCCUAAAAUAUCUACAGUAGGCCUUGCAGUUUUCAAUCAUUGUUAGCUACAGUAAUCCUUAUCUUUUCGAGUUUUUUGCAUAAAAAUCGAUAUGAGUAUUUUUAGACAAAGAAGUUUUACUCCGAAAAUCAAAUUGAGGCUAUUUUUUAGUUGCCCGGCAAAAUUUAAUUAUACAUUUAUAAAUGUAAUUUACGUCAAGCCUAGAAAAUAUGAAAAAUGUUUUUCUGACUUUGGUUUUAUAAAAAAAGCUAAUUGUAAAGAAAUUCAGUAGAUUCAGAUUUAGCUACAGAAACUUGAGUGAAAAUCAUUGUUCAUCACAAGAAUCAAACUACAUUUUGUGACAAAAAAUGCAUGUAAAAUCAAGCAUGAAAGCAAUGUGUUGUGUAGGCUAAAGUCACGUGAAACUUUAUUUUUAAUUAGAAAAAAACUCAAAAAAUGACGUUCAAUGGAGCCAUCCAGAUGUAUGAUUCUCAUUGUGUGAAAAUUUUCGAUGGGCUCUAAUUCCAUAAAAAUCCACAUUAUUUUAGUAAACGCCACGGUCCCAACUUCAGAAUGUGCUUUUAUCCCAGCUCUCUGGCUUCACAACAUUGCAACUCCACUUCUUGGCCUGAUUCCAAUGACAACCUCCUUUAAUUUUUUAAUUUGUUCAGUUGUUCCACUUUGGUAUAUGAAAGCUGGACAUGUUUAUACAACAAUGCUAUUGUCUGGUGAGAAAUAUGUACAUUCCAAAAAUCAUUCAACAAAAAAUCAAAAGAUUAGAUUUCUGGGAAAUAUAUUUUUCAGUUCCAACAUUGAUCACAAUAUCCCUCGUCUUCUCAAAUUUUUAUUUACAACUCGGAAAAACUGUCGAAAUCGCAGCGAUUUGUGUGGCCGCAAAUGGAGCCGCCCAUCAUAUAAUCUACCAAAUUAUGAUACUUUUUCGAAUUUUGGCAAAUUUGGGAAGCGCUGUGAUCUACGCAUUUAUUCUGGCAUAUUUGAAAAGAAACAAAGGGGAUUCUUUGAAAAAAUUAUCAAAACAACAGAUAAAAACUCAUCGAAAUGCAAAAAUUACGUUGGGAAUGGUGACGGGUAAUUCGAUGAUUCUAUUGUUUAUUCCAGAUGUUUUGAUAUUUUUCAACCCGUUGAAUAUUUUGAAAAAUUAUUCGACACCUUUAUAUUCGAUGACUUUGAGCAAGGUGAUUUUUGAAUUUUCAAAAAAAUGAAAAAAAUUUGCCAUGUGGUCUUUAAAAAAGCCACGUGGCUCUCUCCACAUAAAAAUCUCCAAAUCGUUUCAAAGUUUCCAAAAAACUUCCAUUUCCACUGUGGAAAAAUUCGUGAAAAUGAAAAAUGUCUUGCCACGUGUAAUCUUAAAAGUUCACGUAAACUAUAAUUUUUAUAAUUUCUUUUUCAUUUCAAAAAACAACACUUUUUAAUUAAACUUACAGUAACUCAAAAAACAAUAAUGUUUAUCAAUUUCAGACCACAAUCAACUUCAUAGUUUAUAUUUGUCGAUAUCGCGAACUUCGAAACAUAAUUCUCCUCAAAAUUCUGGGAAUUAUCCCGAAAAAAUGGAGCUCACAUGUUCAAGUCAAACUUUUCACGCAAAACGAAAAAUCGACAACAAGAGCAAUUACGGAAAAAAGUUUUGGGUCGAAAAUUGCACCGGCUUCUCCUAUGCAACAAAUUGGACCCAGGGAACAUUUACCCAAAGUUACAGUUGCGGCAAAUCGAGUAUGA